AUGGGAAGUCCCCUCUCUGGAAUUCUUUGCGAGUUAGUAGUUAGAAGAUUAGAAAGGGGAGUUCUACGUAAUUUUAAGGAAGAUAUCAUACAUUUCGUUAGAUAUGUGGAUGACAUUUUUAUAUUAUGGAGAAAUAAUAGUAGGAUACAUGAAUUUUUGAAUAGAAUCAAUAACAACAAAGAUGGUCUUAGGUUAAAAUUAGAGCAAAAAAGUUCCUUGAAUGUGCAUUUCUUGGACAUUAAUAUCAAAUUCAUGGAAGAUCAUUUGUCCAUCAGCGUAUAUGUUAAACCUACUCACACCCCGCUAUAUAUACCAGCACAGUCCAUGGAUACAUAUCGAUAUAAAAUGGCCUCAUUUCAAACUUUGAUAAGAAGAGCUUAUUUGUAUUGUGAUAGAAUCGGUGACAGGAAUAAAGAAACUGAUAUGAUAUUGCAAGUAGCCAGGACCCUAGGUUACAAGAAAAGCACCAUUGUAGAGUUACUCAAGAAAUAUGAAAGGAACAAAGAGAGAAAAGGUUUAAAUACCGCUCCCAAUAGGCGUUGA